CUGAUCCUUAUUUCUUCAACUACAAGGGUUCCAUCGUUCAUUCAUGGAGUAUUUCAACCUUCCAGAAGAUAUCACAUUAGACAUUUUGAGUCGUUUGCCCACAGAAUCAGUUUUGGAGUGUAAAUUAGUUUGCAAAGCUUGGAAAAAUCUUAUUUCUCAUCCCCAUCAUUCUCAAAGAUGCAUCUACAUCAUCUUACUCAUCAUGAUUCUGGUAAGUUAGGUUUCAUUGCUAAAACUAUGGUUGGGAAUUUUGAACAAUUUCAGUAUUUUGAAUAUAAUGAGAAUCAUGAGUCAACACCCAUUGAGAGAAUUAGAAGGGUUAAAUUCACUCCUCCGUUUAGGUAUGCCAGCAUUCUUGGUUCCUGUAAUGGAUUGUUAUGUUUUACUCAACCCCCUAUAUUUCUUAGAAGAGGACCAACUUUUCAAUCUGUUUGUAUUUGUAACCCCUUGCCAAAGAGUAUAUCAUGCUUCCAGAAAUUAAGUCAGAUUGUUUCGAUACUGAUGAGUGUGUUUAUUGGGCAAGUGGAUUUGGUUAUGUUUCUUCAACAAAUGAGUACAAAGUUCUAGGAAUAUGUAUGUGGAGGGAGCUCCAUUUUGUAGAAGUCCAUAUAUACACCCUUGGCAGCGGCAAUGGAUGGAGAAAUGUUGGAAAGUUCAAUGUUGGACUCAGGAAGCUUUGGAGAGAAGGUGUAUUUGCCAAUGGAGCUCUUUAUUGGAUGGGGAUGGAUUUGGAAAUAAUCGUGACCUUUGAUUUGGCUGAGGAAAAGUUUUGUGAACAUCUUUCACCACCUACUUUGCCACCAGACAAUGAUUGGCUUAAGAAUAGAAUAGGAGUUUUGGAUGGGCUACUGUUUUUUUGCUAUUGAUCUUGUUGUUCAAGGAGGUGUAUGUAAUGAUGUAUGUGUACUAAAAAAGAUGAACGAUAAUAAUGACAUUAAAGGGCGAGAGAAUAAUCAGUCAUUAGGUUGGAGUAAGGAGUAUAGGGUUGACAAAAGCAGAUUAUUGGCCAUUGCAAAGAAUGAUGGUGUUUUAAGUUACAUUAAUAACUAUCUCAGCAUCUAUGACACUGAAGCUUCUACUUCGAAAAGGCUUGUGGAUUUUGAGGGACUAAUUCAUGUAGUGCUGCCUCACAAGAACUCCUUAGUUUCGUUGAAAGGUUUAGGGGAAGAAGAUACAAAGAUAAUGGAAUCAGUUGAAAUUGAGUAAAGAGAAAGCCAUGAUUUGCCUUUCAUGCCCCAGUUGUUGGAGUGUGAGUUGCUGAAUACCUAUUAUAAGCUUGUCAGGUACAGCUCUUUAUAUUAUACUUGGUGUAUUGGUUUAAUAUUGCAAGAUCUGCUAGGUGAUACAGGCAGAUUUGGAACAAACCCUACCCCAAGUCUAGGUACUGUCGUGGUGUAUCUGACCCAAAGAUUAGAAUUUAUGAUGUUGGGAUGAAAAGAAAAGGAGUUGACGAGUUGCCUUUCUAUGUCCAGCGAGGCUCUGAAGGCUGCCCGUGUUGCCUGCAACGAGUAAAUGAUCAAGUUUGCGGAGAAGGAUGCUUUCCAUUUGAGAGUCAGGUUACACUUGCGUAUUAACAAUAUGCUUUCAUGUGCUGGAGCUGAUGACUCCAGACUGGUAUUAGAGGAGCAUUUGGUAAACCCCUCGGUAUCUGUGCCAGAGCUAGCAUUGUUCAGGUCCUAUAAUCUGUUCGUUGUGCCCUUCGUCGUUCCAAGUUCAAUUUCCCUGGAUAUCAAAACAUCAUUGCGAGCUGGAAGUGACUACCUUCGCAGUGAUAAACUUUCACCAGAACUAUCUCUCCAGUUAUCUGUUUUUCCUGGACAUUUGUGGGAAGCUUGUUGAGAGGAGGAAGGGAACUUUACCUUGUUUCAUGGUUGGUUCUCCCGAAGAAUCGCAGUUUCUCUUGGAGCGUUUGGUGAUGUACUCUCGUAGGCCUUAAAGGUUGUUUAAGUUUGCAAGUGAAAUGUUCCACCUCUUUAUAAACACUUUGA